ACAGCUAAUAUGAACCUUUCUGUGGUUUAGGUGAAGUUCAAAACUCACAAAAUGUCAUCUGUCAAACGCCUUGUAUAUGCAGUCAUCCAUUUCCUGAGAGAACAGAGUCAGCUGGAUACUUUCACUUCAGAUGAACAAGAAAGCUUGGAAGUUGUGAUUCAGUGUUUGGAGACUGUUUUUAAGAUUAGCCUAGAAGAUACUCAUCUUGCAGCACCCCAGCAUUUGAUAGAGAUGUUCACAAAUUCUUUUCACAAGAAUGACUUGCUGCCUCUCUCAGAUCCUUUGCCAGAAGAUGUUGAAAAGGCUGACCAGCUGAAGGAUGAAGGUAAUAAUCACAUGAAAGAAGAAAAUUAUGGUGCUGCAGUGGAUUGUUAUACACGGGCCAUAGAACUGGAUCCAAAUAAUGCAGUCUAUUACUGCAACAGGGCUGCUGCUCAAAGUAAGCUCAGCAAGUACAAUGAAGCAAUAAAGGAUUGCAAGAGGGCGAUAGCAAUAGAUCCAAAAUACAGCAAAGCAUAUGGAAGAAUGGGGUUGGCUCUGACCUCAAUGAAUAAAUAUGAAGAAGCAAUUACCAGUUACCAAAAAGCACUGGAUCUUGAUCCAGAAAAUGACUCUUACAAGUCAAAUUUGAAAAUAGCAGAACAGAAGCUAAGAGAUAUGUCCAGUCCUACAGGAACUGGAUUAAGUUUUGAUAUGGCAAGCUUGAUAAACAACCCGGCUUUCAUUAGUAUGGCAGCAAGCUUAAUGCAGAACCCUCAAGUUCAACAAUUUGUUAACUCUUCCAGAAUGUCAGGGAUGAUGUCAAAUGCCAUUGGUGGUCCUGCUGCAGGUGUAGGUGGCCUAACUGACUUGUCAAGCCUCAUACAUGCGGGACAACAGUUUGCGCAACAGAUACAGCAACAGAAUCCAGAGCUUAUAGAGCAACUGAGAAAUCAUGUCCGGAGCAGAUCUUUCAGUGGCAGCACUGAAGAGCAUUCCUGACUUAAAGAAGGCAUGUGUUUAUAGAACUCAAAAGCUAUAUUGUAGUUAGUAGCAAAAACACCAUUGUAAUGAUUCUGCUUGGAAAAUCUUGUGCGUGUUCUGUAAACAAUAAUAAAUCUGUUAAACAGAUCCAUUGCACACAAAUUUGAACAUAUCAUGAAUGUAUAGUGAAUCCUUUGUAAAUUACUACAUAGUAACUAGAAUAAGUGACUUAUGAAAAUCUCUGCAUAUAAAUUGUUAUCAUUUUCAGGCUGUGUUAGAAUGAUUUCCAGGGCUGUCGAGUGGGAAGAUAGGAAUAUUGCUUUGUUGGUUGCUGCCAUACUUGCAUAGUAAUUUAGUUCUAAAAAUUGCAUAAGGGGUACAUUGUUAGAUAAUGAAGAAGUGGAUGGCUCUGCUGUGAAACAACAGCCUAAGCAGGCAGCCUUCUCUAUGUGACAUUCCUGUGGAGAUUAUGGAGUUCAACGUAGAUGUGAAAAACUUACCUAAAAUGCAGUCCUAUGACUGCAAAACAUUCCUACUUGUUUCAGGCUCUUGCUACCAGCACAAUAUGUUUGUCAGUGUUACCAGGAGGAAGGCAAGUGGACAGAUAAAGACUAGAGAGAAUUAAAAAUUGCACAGUAAAAGAAAAACUGAACUAUGAGAGGAAUGUACUGAAAGCAGAGAGACAGAGUGGAUGAAAGAGGAUUAUAGUAGGAGGCUUAGAAAUUUUUACUGCCACAUAAGCUCCAAAACCAUCUUGAUAGCCCUGGAGGUCUCUUAUGGCACUAAUGGUAUAGGCAUGGCAAGCUAUGCUUUCUUCUCUGUAUAUAUAUUUAAACAUAAAAAUCCUUAACUGUGACUAGUUAAACUGGUCAUAUGACUGUGGAAGUAAUUAGUACUGAAAACUUCUUUAUUCAUGCAUAUAUGGAUACUACUGUUUUGGAUAAUUAUUCAUGCUUUCUGCCUGCAUCUACAAAAUAUUUUGUUGCCUAGAUGAGUUGGUUCUGGGGAAGCCAGCCCUGAUGGAAGUGGAAUGGAGCAGUUACCAGGGAAGCUAGAUAAUGUACUCUUGAAACCAUCCUUAUAGUUUGUUGGCAACUUCAGUUUUUGCAUAUUACAAAGCUAAGAGCAACCAUCUUACUCUAGCUUAUGGUUUACAUAACAAAAAUAAUUGCUAUAGUUCUGAUGGCCUUAGCUACCCCAACAAGAGCAUGCUACAGUUGACACAGUGCAGUCUGUAAACAUUUAUUCUUUUUAAUAUAUAAACAGAAGGAGGCUUUAGAGCUUCAAAAAAACCCACAACACUGACAUUCCUCAGUGAGAAUAGCUGUCAUUUAAAGUCUUUGUUUCCAGGAACAAAAUUUGCAUCUAGGAACAAAGGGUUCAUUCAUGCUAAAAUCUGUUUUGUCCUAAACAGCCUAGAUUGUUUCACAAAGUCAUAUGACAUAAUCACAGGGUGAGGAGAGUCUUACAAUAUGUAAUUGCACUUUACUUUGAACAAUUCAUACUGAAACUGAAGUAGUAAACCACAAUCUAAACAAGUACUGCUUUAAUUUGAGAUUAACAAUAUACUUUAUCACAGAAUGUAAUAAAUAAUUGUGCAUUUAAAACUUAA